AUGGUUCGACCAGGUCUUGACCAGCCGAAUCAGGCACAUCCUCAGGGUUACGGAAACAACAAGGCAGAUGUUCAGCCAAACAUACCAACGGCUGUGAUAACAUGUAUAGUUCCGUGCGUCACGUUUGGACAGAUCGCUGAAAUUGUUGACGAAGGCGCGACAACUUGUGCGAUUGGUGGGUUGUUGUAUGGAGCGAUAUUUAUAACUGCGUUCCCUUACAAAUACUCAUCCCUGUUCCGGGCCAAGAUAAGAAACAAAUACGGGUUACCGGAGGCUCCAGCUCCAGAUUGGCUUACUCACUUAUUCUGUGAGCAUUGUGCUCUUUGUCAAGAGUAUCGUGAGCUCAAACACCGUGGUUUUGACCCCAAAAUUGGGUGGGCUAUGAAUGUGCAAGCACAUCAGCAAGAGAUGAUGGCUCCUCCAAUAGGUCAACGAAUGAUGGGUUGA